AUGGAGGAUACGGGUGCACAGAGUCAGCUGCGACAGCCCAAGAAGAGAUUCGCUCAGAAGGAUCCGGCUAGCCCUGAUGUUGAGUCAACGGAGGUCCAGAAAGCUGCCCCCAGAAGGUCAGCCCGGACUUUGAACCAAGUACCUCCCGAGAUCCUCAACGACCCGGAAAUUCAAGAAGCCAUGGAGCUUCUCCCCAAAAACUAUUCGUUCGAGAUCCCCAAGACGAUUCACCGAGUGCGCACUUCCGGAGCCAAGCGCGUCGCUCUUCAAUUCCCCGAGGGUCUUUUGAUUUUUGCUACGACUAUCUCCGAUAUCUUGACACAAUUCUGCCCGGGCAUCGAGACCCUCAUCAUGGGCGAUGUCACAUAUGGCGCCUGCUGCAUUGACGACUAUACCGCACGGGCUCUUGGCUGCGAUCUGCUCGUCCACUACGCCCACAGUUGCUUGAUUCCUGUGGAUGUGACCAAGAUCAAGACUUUGUACAUUUUCGUCGACAUCAGCAUCGACACUACGCACUUGAUGGCGACCCUUGAACGUAACUUCAAGCCCGGCCAAACCAUCGCCACCGUCGGCACGAUCCAGUUCAACGCAACCCUUCACGGAUUGAAACCGGUCAUGGAACGUGCAGGGUUCAAGGUGGGUGAAAUUCUGGGUUGCACAUCACCCCAACUCACCACAGAGAUCGACGCUCUUCUUUAUCUCGGCGACGGACGCUUCCACCUGGAGUCCGCCAUGAUUCACAACCCCACUACUCCCGCAUACCGCUACGACCCUUACUCGCGCACCCUGACUCGUGAAGGCUAUGACCACAACGAGAUGCACACUCUGCGACGCGACGCCAUAUCAUCUGCGAAGACGGCCCGCAAAUGGGGCAUCAUUCUGGGCUCUCUUGGCCGCCAAGGAAACCCCAACACGAUGGCGAUGAUCGAGCGCCAUUUGGAAGAGCGCGGUAUUCCUGUCAUCAAUCUGCUGUUGAGCGAGAUUUUCCCUGGCAAGCUGGCCUCCAUGGCCGAUGUCGAGUGCUGGGUUCAGAUCGCUUGCCCCCGUCUCAGUAUUGAUUGGGGCUACGCGUUUCCGCGCCCAUUGUUGACACCAUACGAAGCGCUUAUCGCGCUUGGUGUCCGUGAGAAUUGGGACAGUGCCAAUAAGGGGGAUUUAUCCCAUGGACUUUUACGCGAAAGAUGGACUGGGCCGCACGAAGCCUGA